AUGCUGCACGUGCUGGCCUCGCUGCCCUUGCUGCUCCUGCUGGCGAUGCCUGCUUCAACCCACGCCUGGUCGCGACCCCUCUGGUACCAGGUGGGGCUGGACUUGCAGCCCUGGGGGUGUCAGCCAAAGAGCAUGGAGGGCUGUAGGGGUGGCCUGAGCUGUCCUGGUUACUGGCUGGGCCCUGGAGCAAGCCGCAUCUACCCUGUGGCUGGGGUCAUGAUCACCACCACCAUGCUGAUGAUCUGCCGCAAGAUACUGCAGGGGCGGCGGUGCUCACAGGCCACCAAGGGUGAGCAUCCGCAGGUGACCACUGAGCCCUGCGGACCCUGGAAACGGCGGGCCCCAAUCUCAGACCACACCCUGCUCCGUGGGGUCCUGCACAUGCUGGAUGCCCUCCUGGUCCACAUCGAAGGCCACCUACAUCAUCUAGCCACCCAGCGGCAAAUCCAAAUAAAGGGGACUUCCGCCCAGAGUGGGUGA